AUGACUUCUACAUCAGAUGCAGAGUCAAAUGUUAGUAGCUUCAUUUGUUACAAUAAUAAAAAUUACAACCAACAUUACACAUGUAUGGUCCAGAAUUUAGAGCUCAUCCAUCAAGACAUACUUGAAAUAGAAAGGAAUAUGAAGAACAUAAUUCAAAAUGCAGGUCCAUUGGAAAGUCAAUUGAACGCCUUGUUGAAGUCUUUACCUAAGCCAAAUAUUAUCCUCCCUAUGGAAACUGAUUGA